UCUAUGGGAUGCCUUCGAUCUUCCUAAGUGGUCAUGCUAGUCCUUAGUGUUAUCGUCCGCUGUGCUUGGAAGUUAGACCCAAUCUUACGGGAUCAACCAGUAGACUUCCUAGCAGUGUGAUAGAGAGUAUAUAUACAUGGGCGUCCGCCUACCUGGCUCACGGUACAACCUGGUUUCCAUCUGACGGAACAGCACAAUAAUUGGCGUGGAAUAUUCUGUUGUUGGCUAGCAACCAUGUCGAAAGCGAACGAAGCGAAUUUGGAGGAACCGGAGGUUCACAUGAGACCCGUCGGUACACUCGAUAGCUUUGAGAACCAGAAGACGGAGUUCCCAGCUGGGGGCAUUCAAGAGGAGGUCGCAGUUAAGAAACCUUGGGGGCAAAGGAUUGUCGACGACCUCAAGACCCCUGGCCAUGCGUUCCAAAUCGUUGUUGCCGCGGCCAUCGCAAUUGGGAUUGGUAUCGCGGUCUCAGUGACGGUAGACGACGUUCCUACUGCGGCACCAGCGAUCCUCGGGAUCCCCGGUACUCUGUGGUUGCGAGGAUUGAAGGCGACAGUUCUUCCCUUGAUCGUGGUGGCUAUCAUCAUCGCCAUGCAAAAUCUGCGGCAGAUGGCCAGAGAGGGCGCGGCGCUGGCGCGAUAUACCAUCAUGUUUUACGUCGGCACAACCAUUCUCGCUGUCAUCCACAGCAUGAUCAUCACGGACCUGGGCUGGCGCCGCCUCAUGCGAGAUGUACGAGACAGCCUCCCUGAAAUGAGCGAAACCGCCGAGGAGAAGGUCAAAGCAGGAGACAAGCAAGAACCACACGACAUCGUGGUCACUGUCUUCGAAUCUUUCAUCCCUGCCAACAUUGUUAGUGCCGUUGCUGAGGACGAGCUGCUGGCCGUGCUCAUCACGGCGAUUAUUGUCGGUCUACUGAUCAAAGGGCCCAACUCCUCGCUGCUCCGCGCUACGAAGGAAGUCGAGCGCAUUGUGAGCAUCGCCAUUGCGUUCUUGAUUAAGCUGGCACCACUCGGCGUGUUCUCGUUGAUCUUGUCGAAUCUCUUGACGCUCGACGUCGCCGCGGUUGGUGUGAAUGUUGGGGUUCUCUUAGGUGCAUCUAUUGCCCAAAUGCUCGCUCAUCUCUUCCUCGUUUUACCCAUGAUUUUCUUCCUCAUCACUCGGACGAACCCAUAUAGUUACUGGAUGAAAUGUUCGCCAGCGUGGAUCACCGCGUGGGGAACCGCAUCCUCUGCGGCCACCAUGCCCGUAACGCUGAGGAUGAUGCACGCAAGGAAAGUCCCGGAUAUGGUUUCUCGAUUUAGUAUCCCGCUCGGUACUCUCAUCAAUAUGGAUGGGACAGCAAUUUACUUCCCCAUGGUGGUCGUCUUUCUCGCCACAACCCAGGGCAUAAAACUGAACGCAGGCGACUACACCAUUAUCGUGCUACUCUCCACGCUCUCCUCGAUCGCUACCACCCCGAUCCCAAGCUCUUCUCUUGUGCUGACCGUCAUGAUCGCUAAUGCGGUCAAUGUACCCGUCACCGGCAUGUUCGCCAUCGUGGUUGCUUUUGACUGGCUCAUCGACCGCUUCCGGACCAUGACCAACGUCAGCGGCGAUAUGUAUGCGGCGAAAUGCCUGGAAAAGCUGACUGGCAUCACGGAUAAAGAUGAACUAGACCUGAACUUUGAAGAAUCGAGGGGGAGCGUUGGCCAUCCAGAGAAUUAUCGUGUAUGAAAGGGUUCUCCUGUUGGAAGCUUGUUUCUGCUUCUUGGUUUCCAAGGAUGGCUUCGCGCACUCACCGCGGCCGCUUGUGUAACUUUCGCAUCUUGAAAACCAGAGACCAGCACUACGAACCGCUUCGAAUUAAAGGGAAAGGCCCCUGAUAAUUAAUAAUAUGCCAAAGGAGCUUCCAAUGGAGGUCCAAGCUUUACAACAUUUCCCUCAGGCCUCAUGUCACCCAACCUCAGCCUUUGUUCAAUAAUAACAUGCCCUUCACGAUCAGCUCGCAAGGCUGCGAUUUUGUAGCCCGAGUCUAGACUGCGGUAGAUGCCGCUUCACACAGGUUGUCGGUCUCCGAAAGCGGUGGGCUGCCACCUCAAAUGCUGCUAAUACCAUAGUCCAACAGCAAAUGCAACUAAAAUACAGGUAUUAGCUCUCCUUUCCACGAGGCUGAAGGGAAGAGAGUUAUUAU